ACGCCGAGGUUGACGGGGACGGGAACGCUGAGGGUCGAAGUGCAGGACGUGAACGACCACAGUCCCGAGUUCCUCAAGGACUUCUACCUGGCCUGGAUCCCCGAGAACGCACCCGUCGACACACCUGUGAUGCAGGUCACGGCGACGGAUCGGGACGAGGGGCUCAAUGCGCGCAUCCGGUAUCGGUUGUACGGAGAGGGGUCGGAGUUGUUCCACGUGAACGAAGAAGAUGGGACCAUCAAGUCCAAGCAAGAAUUUGAUCGAGAGCUCAGAAGCGAAUUCUUGCUGGAGUUGGAGGCUCGGGAUUCCUCCCCCACCGAUUCGCACUACACGCGCACCAAUCUCACGAUCUACAUCCAGGACGUGAACGACAACCCGCCCACUUUCCCCCGGGAGAGCGAGGUCAUCUACAUCCCGGAUCCGACCGAACCUGGUCAGUUCGUGUACGGUGCCCUGGCUUGGGACCCAGACGAAGGCAACAACAGCAGGAUCGUGUACUACCUCUCGGGUCAAGACGCAGACAAGUUCCACGUCAGCCAGGAUACCGGGAUCUUGAAAGCAUCCAAGAAGCUUUCCGGCGGAACCACGUAUUUCCUGGACAUCACGGCCACCGACAAAGGGAAGCAACCCAUGUCUGGAUCCAUGAAGUUAGAGGUCCAUCUCCACCCACGUGAGGACUUCCCCGUUUUCAAACCCUACCGAUCCGAGUUCACGUUCCCGGAGGACGUCCAGGGGAAAUCCGUCACGACUCUUGUGGCCCAUUCGCCCAAGCAAGGCCAACACGAGAUCACCUAUCAGAUUGUGGGAGGAAACCUGGGACAAGUCUUUGACUUGAAUCUCCAGGCGGGAGAGCUGAGGAUUCCCGAAGGCCUCGACUUCGAGAGGACGGCUCGAUACGAACUCUGGAUCCGGGCUCAAGACAACGACAAUCCUGCUCUGGGCACGACGGUGUUCAUGUCGGUGAACGUCACGGAUGUGAACGACAAUGCACCCACUUUCGAGAUGUACGCAUACAAUGCCAGCAUCCUCGAGGACCAAUUCCCACCCCAGCUGGUGUUCAAGGUCCGGGCCAGCGAUGCCGAUCAGGGCGACAACAGCCGGAUCUCGUACCGACUGAGGGACGAAGGAAACGUCGGUGGGGCAUUCACGAUGAAUCCGAACACGGGGGAGAUCUUCACGAACGCGAAGCUGGAUCGAGAGACCCUGGGGUCGUAUUCGCUGCAGAUCGAAGCCGUCGACCACGGGGAUCCGCCCAAGACCGGGACGUCUUUGGUCAUCGUGACCGUCUUGGACAAGAACGACAACCCGCCGAGGUUCACGAGGUUGUUCAGCGUGAAUGUGACCGAGAAUGCGGCCAUCGGGACGUUCGUCAUCCAGGUCACCAGCUCCGACAGGGACAUCGGUUCCAACGCGAAUGCGUCUUACAGCUUCACCGAGAAUCCCGGCGGGAAGUUCCACAUCGAUCCCGUUUCGGGCAACGUCACUGUGGUUGGCAUCAUCGAUCGAGAGGUCAGCGAUGAAUAUCUGCUCAAAGUGUCUGCCGUGGAUGGGUCGUGGAGAGCCGAAACCCCCUUGACCAUCACGGUCUUAGACGAGAAUGACAAUGAACCCAAGUGCGAAAAAUCUCAUUAUGAGUUCAGCUUCCCAGAACUUCAACGCUCGGUGGCAUUUGUUGGGAAGGUCACCGCCUCUGACAGAGACAAGCAGGGUCCUAAUUCGGCCAUCACGUAUUCGUUGAAACAUCCUUCUGAUGAUUUUACUGUUGACCCUGCCAGUGGCGAGAUUCUUUCUAAGCAUGCACUCAGGUACAAGUUCUCGCCAAAGGGACCAUCGCCAGAAAAUGAAUAUCGGUUGACGAUUGUUGCCAUGGAUCAAGGGAAGCCACCCAUGUCGAGCGAAUGCACAGUCACGAUCAAUGUUGUUGAUGCUAACAACAAUGCUCCUAAGUUUGUCAAGGAUCGAUAUUUCACCCCCAUUCCUGAGGUUGCAAGUGUGGGACAACGAAUCAUUCAACUCCAGGCUGAAGACACCCAUGAUUUCGGCCUGAAUGCCCAGAUCGAGUACAUGAAGGUAGGCGGGAACGAAUCCGAUUUCUUUAAUGUGGACCCUGUCACUGGUUGGAUUUUGGUCAAUCAACCUCUCCUGGGGAGACGAAACUCAAAGUACGUUCUCCUGGUGCGAGCAGUCGACAAAGGAAUCCCGCCGAUGCAAGAUGAGGUCUUGGUCACUAUUGUUGUGACUGGUGACAACAGAUUCAGCCCAGUCUUCACAGCUCUGAGCUAUCAAGUGGUUGUGGCUGAAAACGAACCUCUUGGCUCUGCUCCCAUCUCGGUGACUGCAACCGACAACGACGAAGGUCCAAACGGCAUCGUACGAUAUUCCAUCUCUGCCGGAAACGACGAGGGGAAAUUCCGCAUCAAUCCUGUCACUGGCUCCAUCAGCAUUGUCCAACCCCUGGAUUAUGAUGAGGUCCCUCAAUACCAACUGGAAAUCACAGCAGUUGACACAGCAUUCAAGCCUAAGAGUGCAACAGCUACCCUGACCAUCACAUUGACUGAUGUUAACGACAAUGCCCCACAGUUCAACCAGACUCGAUUUGACGUUCAUCUGAAAGAAAACGCUCCAACCGAUACGUUCGUCUGCCGACUGGUGGCCGUCGACCGAGAUUCGGCUCGAAAUGCCUUGAUACAAUAUUCAAUCAUUGGUGGGAGUGGAAAGGAAUUAUUUGCAAUUGAUGUUAUGACUGGAGUCAUCAUCGGGAAGACCAGUUUUGAUUACGAAAAGGCAAACCUGUAUGACCUUGAUGUGUUGGCAUCAAAUCCAGAUUCAACACAAUUUGGUUCAACUAAAGUCUUUGUUCACAUUGAAGGAGAAAAUGAAUUCUAUCCCAGAUUCAUUCAACCAGUUUUCCAGUUCACAGUAUCAGAAUCUGCCAUGAUCGGGGCCAGUGUGGGAAGAAUCGAGGCCACGGAUCAAGAUGAAGGGAAGGACAGAGAGGUCUUCUACCUUUUUGUUGGCUCGAGCAAUGAUAAGGGCUUUGCUGUGAAACCCAACACAGGAGAGAUUUUGGUUGCAAGAAACCUCGAUCGUGAAUCACAGAGCAGAGUUGUGUUGACUGUGAUGGCCAAGAACGCAGGGAGCAUUCGAGGCAAUGAUACCGAUGAAGCCCAGGUCAUCAUCACCAUUCAAGAUGGAAAUGAUCCUCCUGUCUUUGACCAGAAUCUAUACACUGUCGAAAUUUCUGAAGAUUCGCCUCGUGGAACCAAGGUCCUUAAGGUGAAGGCAGUCGACAGAGACGUCAGGCCCCAGAACAAUCAGUUCACUUACUCCAUCAUAGCUGGGAAUCCAGAGAAGGCAUUCAAAAUCCAUCCCCAGAGUGGACUGAUUGAAACCAAGGGUCUAUUGGAUAGGGAAACCAUCCCCAUUUACAAUCUGACCAUUGGAGCCAUCGACGUUGGAACCCCUCCACAGACAGGAACUGCCACUGUGAGAGUAACCUUGACAGAUGUCAAUGACAAUGGACCUACAUUUGAUCCAUCUUCAAUGAUUGGCUAUGUCACAGAGAAUGAACCUGCUGGGACCAGUGUCAUGGUGCUUAGUGCAUCUGAUCCAGACCUUUCACCAAAUGGAGCUCCUUUCACUUAUUAUCUGGUAGGUGGUGAACAUAAAUCCUACUUGAAACUGGAUGAGAACACAGGCAUCAUCACAACCACCCGAAACAUCGACCAUGAGGAGACCCCCGAGCUAAACAUCAUCGUGGAAGUUCGCGAUGAUGGGAAACCACUGAUGAAGUCUGAGCACCCAAUCACUGUCAAGGUCUUGGAUCAGAAUGACAGUCCUAGCAAUGCCAGAACAGCUACAAUUGAAAUUCAAACAUUGAAUGGAGUGUUCCCUGGCGGUAUGGUGGCAGAUGUCAGACCCAAUGAUCCUGACUCCACUGGACAGUAUCACUGCCACAUUCUAAGUGGUAGUAGGAACAUCUUCAGCAUACCGAAAGGCUGCAGCCUUCAUGCAGCACGGAUGAGCAAGCAGACAACAUACAGCCUCACAGUAACUGGUAAUGAUGGGCGACACCCAGAUGUGACCUCAUCCAUAGGACUUCGAUUCAGUGCAUUCUCCAAUGACACCUUGAGCAACAGUAUCCCUCUCUGGAUUCGAGAUAUGACGCCGGAGAAAUUUCUUGGAGAACACUUCAAAGAUAUUCAGACCCUCCUGUCUUCAUUCUUUGAUGUUCGGGAAGAACCUCACAUCUUCAGCAUUGUUGGGGCUGACAAAGAUGUCAUUGUAAGCCUGGCAGUGAGAGAGAAAGAUGGCAAUUAUAAAUCUUGGGAAGAUGCCAGUGCAAAGUUGAAGUCACAAAGGGAACGACUCCAGCAAGUACUUGGAGGACAUGAGGUGACAGUUGGCUAUGAUCCCUGUGAUUCCUCACCAUGUGAACAUGGAGGAGAAUGCAAAGCUGCCGUGAAUAUCUAUGGAGACAUGCUUAUUCUGGAUACUCCAACACUGGUCUUUACAGCACCUCUGAUCAAGCAUGAAUAUGCAUGUGAAUGUCCUCCAAACUACACAGGACAACGAUGUGAACUCCCGCAAGAUCCAUGCAUGCCCAACCCUUGUGAACAUGGUGGUCAAUGCAACAGAAAUGGCUUUGACUUCACAUGUAUUUGUCCAGCAGCAUUCGAAGGGAAGCGAUGCGAGAGUGGUAGAAGCAAUGCCUGUGACAUGGAACCAUGCCUCAAUGGAGGAUCCUGCCAAGAGACCCCGGAUGGCAGCUUCUUCUGUCUCUGUCGACCAGGAUUCCGUGGCAGUCAAUGUGAGAUCACGACCGACUCCUGCCGUCCAAACCCAUGCCUUAACGGGGGAACAUGUGUGGACCUCAAACCGAGCUAUCGCUGCCAAUGCCUUCCAAAUUACUUUGGCUCUCACUGUGAGGAAUCCUCCCAUGGAUUCUCAGAGCUUUCAUACAUGGCAUUCAAGAGCCUUGAUGCAACCACCAAUGACAUUUCCAUUGUCUUUGCCACCAAUAAACCCAAUUCACUUCUCAUCUACAACUUUGGAGAGCCAACUGGAGGACGAUCUGAUUUUGUGGCGGUGGAGCUGGUCAACGGGAGACCUCGUUUCUCAUAUGGAGGCUCGAGAACGGCAAUUACAAGCAUUGAAGUUGGGGUGAAUGUAGCUGAUUCCAAGUGGCACAAGAUCACUGCAACACGGAAUGGACGUGUGGUUUCCUUGGGUAUUGGAGAGUGUUCAGAGAAUGGAGAGAUAUGCAAGGAAUGUCAGCCUGGGAACCUGAAGUGCUACCAAGAUGACACUGGACUCACUGGGACUUUGAGCUUUGGUGGCAAGCCCAUGUACCUUGGGGGCAUAGACACCAUAUCUCACAUUCAAGAGCGUCCCGGCCAGGUGUCAAGCAAUGACUUCAUUGGCUGCAUACAGAGUGUGACCAUCAAUGGCCGAAAUCUGAAUCUCUCAGCUCCCAUCAACUCAUAUGGCAUUGUAGACACCUGCGUGCGAGAUCCAGAGGUGUGCCAAGCCAAUAAUCCUUGUGGUGAGGGGGCAACCUGUAUCGACAGCUGGGAUAGAGCCAAAUGCCAAUGCCCCAAUGGACUUCAGGCCUUUGACUGUGAUCGGGCCUUUGCACCUAUCUCACUGACUGGAUCUGGAUAUGUGGAAUUUGAGAUCGGAGAGAAGCUUCGUCGUCAUCAGCUCCUGCCAUACCUCAGAAACACCCGGUGGCGGAAGCGAGAUACCGGAACAGUCAAGACCAUGGGGCUGAAAUUCCGUACUGCUGAUGCCAGUGGAAUCCUUCUCUAUGCUGCCUCCAAUUCUGAUUACACUCUCAUUCAGACCGUCGAUGGCCAUAUCAAAUACACAUCCCGUGUGGGAGCCAAUGUCCCUAUCAACAUGACACUUACUGAAGUGUCAGUGAGUGACAGUGCCUGGCACAAUAUGACUCUGGUGGUAGAUCAUGAGAACUCCCUCACUCUCCAUCUGGAUGGAGUUCAGCUUGGAGAUGAGCUUGAUGCCAACAGUAUCCAUGACUUCUUGGACCCAUACUUGACCACACUAGCAUUGGGAGGAUUCAGAAAGGAGGAGCUUCUGACAAAUGAAGUCCAUGUUGGAUUCCAUGGAUGCCUGUCCACCUUCACAAUCAAUGGAGAAGUUCAACCUUUCAAUGAAUCAGGAGUACCUUUCCAGGCUCGAUUCAUUGGCAUGGUUGAGCAGGGAUGCACCAAUGCAGCACUGGGAGCUGCUGCUGUCACAGACCCCCUCAGCAUUGGUGUGACUCUAGUCAUCGUCUUCUUUGUCGUCCUCCUUGUUGCCAUCCUCAUCAGCUUCGUGGUGUUCCGUCUCCGGCGUGCCAAACGGGACAAGGGUCCUCCACCUCACAUGAAACAAAAUGGCAAUACAGUGAUUCCAGGAAAUCCGCCUAUUGACACCACUCGCCAUCAUCAUCAUCAUCCAGACUCAUCUGGUUAUGCUGAACCAAGUGAUCUGGCAGAGGACAUGCUGAGAUCUCACGCUGCCCAGGAACUGGCCGGUAAGAAGUUCCGUGACCCUCCUCGACCAGACAUCAUCGAACGAGAGGUCGUUAACAAGUCUCCAGCUGGUGGAUUGUCACUCUGUAUGGAAGAUUCUCACCCACUCAGAGAGACAGUUCCAUCACUUGGUGGUAUGGGAGACCAUGACAUCCCUGAACACUAUGACCUGGAGAAUGCAAGCUCCAUUGCACCAUCGGACAUAGAUGUCGUUUACCAUUACCGUGGAUUCAGGGAUGGUAAUGUACGGAGGUACCAUGCCACACCACCUCAUCACCUUACAAACUUCCACAAGCACAACCAUCGCCAUUCACCACAUCAAUUCCCACCGCCUUCGGCACCUCAUCGAGACAGUCCUCGAAACCACCUCCGCCAGAGUCCAAAUCCCCUGGCAUCUGCACCCAGGGACUCACCAAGCAUCAAAAUGCAGAGUACACCUCUGGCAAGGUUGAGUCCCAGCAGUGAACUGUCUCAACAAACUCCUCGCAUAUUCACCCUGCAGGACAUCAGCGGGAAGCCGCUGCAGCAGGCACUGCUUGCCACCACCAGUGGUGUGGCUGUGACAAACAGCGAGCGGAGCCUCAACAGCCCUGUCAGCCAUCUCAGCAACAGCUCAGGGAGCAUGCACACAUCCUCACAAAGCACAAAAAAGCCCCAGCUGAAAGGUGACAAGCGGAAUACGCGGAAUUCUAGUCUUGUGAGCACCCUGGAUGCCCUGAGCACAUCCAGUGAUGAGCAUCGACGCAAGAACCAAUACAUGGAGCCCAGCCACGAGAUGCUGGAACCUCCAGAUAGUUCCACCGAUGAGAGUGGGAACGAUUCCUUCACGUGCUCGGAAUUCGAGUACGAGAACAACUACGAGAAAGUGCACCAACCUCGUCGUGAAUUCCGACGCCCGCCCAUCGCGGCGGGGGAUCGGGAGAAAUCCCUCAAUAAGAAAUACCCAGGCUUUGAUGCCUUCAGGGGAUCCCUGAGUACUUUAGUGGCAUCAGAUGAUGACAUGUCAUAUAAACCGAAUGUGAACUCUGUGGACUGGGAUCCUUAUGUGAGGAACUGGGGGACAGGACCCUCGUAUUCGAGUCGGAUGAACACGCUCCCCGCGGGAGAGGCAAGGGGCCCGGUCGGACCUCCGUCCGUUCCUUUGCCCCUGCCUACCGGCUCGAGACACAACACACCCAAGCCCAACGAGGAAUAUGUUUGAUGCCAACCCCAAAUGUGAUAUUUUUUUUUAUCAUGAAUUUUCUCAAAUUGUGAUCAAGUUUUUGUGUUUUUUCCCUUCAAGUGCCUCUCUACUUCCCGAAUACACUGACCGGCUUCUCCAUAGGUGCCAAAAGUAAGGAAGAAUUUCUCACUCGUGGUAGAGCCUGUUUCUAAUCACAUAUCAGUCUUGAACUGUGUGCCAUUGUUGUUCCUAUUUGUUGUUGUUGACUCUCAUUGACCUGAUGUUGAAGGAACCUUUCAUGCCAUCCCAAGGCCAUCUCAGGAAAUUUUCUACUUUCCAGCCAUGCUGACUAUUUUUCAGAUUGGGGGCUUUCAUCUCUUCCAAGCCAUAUUGAUGAGUGAAAUUUUGAUUCCUUCAGUUUUUUUUUGUACAGUGCCAAAAACUUUCAUGUCAUUGUGCUGUUCCCUUCAACCAAGAUUUCUUUCUGCCAUGUGAAACUCAAGAGA